UGCGUGAAGUCGAACUCAUUCAUUCCGCGGUUAAGAGAUUGCCCUCAGUUCCUUAUUUGUCAAACACUAUCAGACGUAAUAGCUCAAGAGCAAAAGUCACAAAACAGCGCACCAACAAACAUUAGCACACGAAUGGGAGGACCUACAGAAGAUAUGAUAUUUAUACAGAUCGACUCACUUCAACGCAAGGGAGAAUCGGACAUGUCAGCAUUUUUGUCGCAGUCAUGUUUGAUUUAAAGGAAGGCUGGAAUCUCUCGUUCGCAGGAUGUGGAUUUCUAGGGAUUUAUCACAUCGGUGUUGCGAGCUGUCUUCUCGAGCAAGCUCCCUAUCUAGUGCGCGGUGCCACCAAGAUCUACGGAGCCUCCGCCGGAGCGCUCACUGCCUCAGUGCUCACUACAGAGGCUUGUUUAGAAAAAUGUUGCGAGGAUGUCAUUGACGUCGCCAAAGAGGCCCGAAAACGCAACCUUGGUCCUUUGCACCCGACAUUCAACCUGGUGAAGGUGUUACGUGGAGGCCUUCAUCGCGACCUGCCGUCCAACGCGCACACACUGGCCUCAGGUCGACUGUGUGUGUCCCUCACACGGGUCACAGACGGACAAAAUGUCCUGGUCUCGGACUUCAGCUCCAAAGAUGAACUCAUCCAGGCUCUUGUUUGUAGCUGUUUUAUUCCUAUAUAUUGUGGUUUAAUCCCUCCGGCAUUUCGUGGUGUGCGUUAUGUAGAUGGUGGUAUUAGUGACAAUCUGCCACAGUCAGAGCUGAAGAACACCAUCACCAUUUCUCCAUUCUCAGGAGAGAGUGAUAUCUGUCCAAAAGACAGUUCCACCAGCCUCCACGAACUGCGUUUCACAAACACCAGCAUACAAGUCAACCUUGACAACAUGUACCGACUGAGCAAAGCCCUGUUUCCCCCAGAACCAAAAGUGUUGGCUGAGAUGUGUCAGAGUGGGUAUAAAGACGCCCUCCGAUUUCUCCAAAAAAACAAUUUGCUACAGGUGUCAUGCCCGACUGCAGACAUGGCUCUGAUUGAGGCCAUGCCCACCUGCUGCUGUCCGGCCCAAAAAAAUUCAGUCGUCACGGAAACCACAAAAGAGUGGGUGCUGAGGAGACUCCGCCUCAUGCAAAAACAUCACUGGUGGUUGGAUGAACAGAUAGUUGAGAACCUGCCCACAUCCAUUAAGAAAGUGUUUUGUGAGGCCUGCAGGGAAAAGCAUGGUCUGCUGGCGCAGGUCACCGACUUACUGCCAUUGCGUGUGGCUUCAUACAUGUUAAUGCCGUAUACACUGCCGGUGCAGUCAGCUUAUUCAGCAGCCCAGAGGUUUCUGGAGUGGAUCCCAGAGGUGCCUGCAGAUGUGCGCUGGCUUGCUGAGGUCGCAGGAGGUGUUUACAGACAUGCUUGGAAAGGUACACCGUUAGAGACAAGCAGCGCCCCCUUGAGAAGAUGUGUCAGCGAGCCACCAACAGUACACUUUCAAAAACCUGUCAUUGACCAGAAUGGACAUCUACCUCUUUCUGCCAGCAACCUUGAAGGUUACAAUUGGACUUUCCCAGAAGACUUACAUGAGGCAUCCCCUGACACCUCACAAAGCCAGAUGUGUUUUUUUGUUGGCUCACAGGGACCUCACAAGUGCCAAACAGACCAAUGCAAGAGCUCUUCGUCUUAGUUAACCAUUUGCAGAGCUCGAUGGGUGUCAAACUUCUUCACCUGGUCCAUUUUGGCAAUGCAUUGGAUAAAGUGGUCAUUGGUUUAUGUCUUGAAUCCAGAGCUGAAAUGACAUACAAUAACAAGCACUCCUCUUUUCUGAUAUGCGUGUCCAAAAUAAAUGCUUUUUUCUCCAUUACGAAUCAAAGACAUUGCAUUUAAUUGCUCUGUAAAAAUCACAUUAAGCUAGCAUAUAUGCACAUUUAUACUUUUGUGCAUCAUUCAGUCUGUUCCCCAAAUGGACUGCAGAAUGGAGGAAUCUAAUGGCAUAGUUUGCAUUACAGUUGGUGCUACUACUUGUUCUUGAAGUACUUUAUGUAUGUCACACAUGUGCAAUCAAAUAAAGAAAAUGGGUAUUGUAUUUGAUUUAUGCA